UUCUUUCCUUGUAAUGUGAGGGAAGGAGUGUGGAUGUAGCCGGACGUUAAGAAGCUUGAAAUUAGCUGGUGAAAGCAGGGUCGGUCCUCCUGUCCCCCCCGUUGUCAAGAUGACCAAGCUGGGUUUCUUGCGGUUGUCCUACGAAAAGCAGGACACCCUCCUGAAGCUGCUGAUCCUCUCCAUGGCUGCUGUCCUCUCAUUUUCAACCCGGCUUUUUUCCGUGCUGAGAUUUGAAAGUGUUAUCCAUGAGUUUGACCCGUACUUCAACUACCGUACCACCCGCUUCUUAGCAGAGGAGGGCUUCUACAAGUUUCACAACUGGUUUGAUGAUCGAGCAUGGUACCCACUUGGUAGGAUCAUUGGUGGCACAAUUUACCCAGGUCUGAUGAUCACGUCUGCAGCACUUUACCAUGUGCUGCACUUCUUCCACGUUACCAUCGACAUCCGUAACGUCUGUGUUUUCUUGGCACCGCUCUUCUCCUCUUUCACCGCCAUUGUGACCUACCACCUCACCAAGGAGCUGAAGGAUGCUGGAGCAGGGCUUCUUGCUGCAGCCAUGAUUGCAGUGGUGCCCGGUUACAUUUCUCGCUCUGUGGCCGGUUCCUACGAUAACGAAGGCAUUGCCAUUUUCUGCAUGUUGCUGACCUACUACAUGUGGAUCAAGGCAGUAAAGACAGGUUCCAUCUACUGGUCCUCGAUGUGUGCCCUGGCCUACUUCUACAUGGUGUCCUCAUGGGGAGGCUAUGUUUUCCUGAUCAACCUGAUCCCUCUGCACGUGCUGGUGCUGAUGCUCACGGGCCGCUUCUCCCACCGCAUCUAUGUAGCUUAUUGCACUGUCUACUGCCUGGGUACCAUCCUCUCCAUGCAGAUCUCCUUCGUGGGCUUCCAGCCCGUGCAGUCCUCAGAGCACAUGGCUGCCUUCGGGGUAUUUGGCCUUUGUCAGAUCCAUGCCUUCGUGGACUAUCUCCGCAGCAAGCUCAAUGCCCAACAGUUUGAGAUCCUCUUCAAGAGCGUCAUCUCACUUGUGGGAUUCAUCCUGCUCUCCGUGGGUACACUGCUCAUGCUCACUGGGAAAAUCUCUCCAUGGACAGGCCGUUUCUACUCCCUCCUAGACCCUUCUUACGCCAAGAACAACAUUCCCAUCAUUGCCUCUGUGUCGGAGCACCAGCCCACUACUUGGUCCUCCUAUUACUUUGACCUGCAGUUGCUUGUCUUCAUGUUUCCUGUGGGGCUUUAUUACUGCUUCAACAAUCUCUCAGAUGCCAGGAUUUUUAUCAUCAUGUAUGGUGUCACCAGCAUGUACUUCUCUGCUGUGAUGGUGCGUCUCAUGCUUGUCUUGGCUCCAGUCAUGUGCAUCCUAUCAGGCAUCGGUGUUUCUCAGGUGCUCACCACCUACAUGAAGAACCUGGAUGUCUCCCGGCCUGACAAGAAAUCCAAGAAGCAGCAGGACUCCAGUUACCCCAUCAAGAACGAGGUGGCCAGCGGUAUGAUUCUGGUCAUGGCCUUCUUUCUCAUCACCUACACCUUCCAUUCCACCUGGGUCACCAGUGAGGCCUAUUCCUCUCCAUCCAUUGUCCUUUCUGCCCGUGGUGGCGAUGGCAGCCGCAUCAUCUUUGAUGACUUCAGAGAGGCCUACUAUUGGCUGCGACACAACACGCCGGAGGAUGCCAAAGUGAUGUCAUGGUGGGAUUACGGAUACCAGAUAACAGCCAUGGCCAACCGGACAAUCCUAGUAGACAACAAUACAUGGAACAACACCCACAUAUCCAGAGUUGGUCAGGCUAUGGCUUCCACUGAGGAGAAGGCCUACGAGAUCAUGCGGGAGCUGGAUGUGAGCUAUGUUUUGGUGAUCUUUGGCGGACUGACUGGGUACUCUUCAGACGACAUUAAUAAGUUCCUGUGGAUGGUACGUAUCGGUGGAAGCACUGACACCGGUCGGCACAUCAAAGAACAUGACUACUACACCCCUACGGGGGAGUUCCGUGUGGACCGGGAGGGCUCCCCAGUGCUCCUCAACUGCCUCAUGUACAAAAUGUGCUACUACCGGUUUGGCCAGGUCUACACAGAGGCCAAGAGACCACCUGGCUAUGAUAGGGUGAGAAAUGCUGAGAUUGGCAACAAGGACUUUGAGCUGGAUGUGCUGGAGGAGGCUUACACCACAGAACAUUGGCUGGUCAGGAUAUACAAGGUCAAAGACCUGGACAACCGAGGCCUUUCCCGGACAUAAAUGCCUAUUGCCACCACUUGCACUCUCAGCACAGCGCACUGAAAGGCUAAACCUGUGAGCCGGAGUUGAGUGCAACUUUUUUUAUACUCUAGUUUGUAAUUGCAAAGAGGUUUUUUUUUUUCUUUUUUUCUUUUUUUUUUUUGUUCAUGUGGUGUCUUGUCUGGAACAGAAAGGAAAAGAAGCGUCCAUACUCUUGUCACUGAAUAAUUUCUGCAGUGGAUGUCCAACAAACCAGCUUGGUUGUGGCCCCCAGAUUUCUACAAAAAUCAGAUAAAAUAAAUAAAGGAAAGUAAUGGGGUAAAAAUGUCUGCGUGGUUAAGUAUCAUUUUGUCUUUGUCAAAGAUUUAAACAUGGGACUGAAAAAAAAAAUCUUUAGCAUGAAUGCUUUGAAACUGAGCUGCAUAUAUUGGUUUGUGGAGUUACUACACUUAUUUUAGUAGUGCUGGUAUAGUGAAUGUUUCACAUUUUUUAUUUAAAUACAUGAAGUGCAAA